UCUCUUCUCGGAAAGUGCAAGUCUAAAUAGUUAUGCAUGGGUGGCAACAUUGGAUUCAGUCUGAAGUCAUUCCAUACAACGCCCAAAAUAAGAAGAAUACGUGACCAACAUAACCGCAAUCAAUCAUUAGGUUUGAAAUAGGGCUCAAAAUUUUGCAAACAUUUUCCUGCAGGGGAUCAUAGGUCAAAUUUUGUGUGUCGAAUCAGGGAUUGUUACAUCUUAAAACAUGAUUUAACGGUAUACAGCACUGGGCAAUCGCAUUUUCAACGAUAAAUGCCGGGUCGUAUGAACAUGAUUUUCAAAAGUUUGUUAGUGUUUUUUUCUGCAAAUUUAUGGACCAUCCGCAUUUGUUUUCCUUGAACGUGCUUUACUUAAUUUUACUUUAAACGAAAAUUCAACAGAACGCCGAAAUCCGCCAAAUAUACAGUGAAUCUUCACCACAAAACAUGAGCAUAGACAGCCCGAUGGUGGACGGCGACCAGGCCAGCGCUCUAGCAUACAUAUUCCUGCUCAACCCCACGGCGCUAGUCCAGCAGGAGCUGGAAGAUCUGCUGCUGUUUACUCACCAGACCCUCAACGAAGCCUCCAUCAAGGACAUUCUACUCCUCUUGGACUCCAUCAGGGUAAACCGUUCGGUUUACGUGGACAAACAGCACAAAGUCUUCGUUAAGGACGCAUGGUGGUGCCAGCUGCUGGUGCUCUCCUCAUUGAGACACCGUAGUCGAGGCCUGCUUGAAGAGGCCACGGGAAAUUUGCUCCCACGAAAGGCUUUGGAGCUGUUUCGGCCCCAUAGGAAGGAGUCCUUACAUCUACUAAGGCUGCUGGCCCACCUGCCUGAUUUGCAUUGGGACGAAAGCGUUGCAGCUGAUGUACUAGCCGCCAUUCCCUUAAUGAGCUUAGCGCCGCUCAGCGGCUUUAAACAGCGGGCAGAGGAACUUGCCAAGCGGGCCUUACCCUUUGCCAGUCCCUCACAGAUCUCCAGCCUCCUAACUGGUUUGCCCGUAAGAGGGAUUCCCACCAGUGAACUAGCGCGCUACAUCCGGACGAUGGAUUUCCAGAAAACCAUCAGCAGAAUCCUGGAAAUGUUCGAAAAUAACAUUGAAAAUCGCGAAGCCUCAGCUCUGUACAGCGUCGUCCUUAGUCGACUGAAAGAAGGCUUUGAGGCCUGGGCGGACUUGGUGUGGCCGCAAUUCUUCGCCAAGCUCCAGGCAAUGAGCUGCCAAGGGGAGUUCUACCAGAGCUUGUUGAAGUACUGGAUCCCCCAGACGGUCGCCAAAUACCAGCUGCACUUUUCCAGCUUUGUACUCAGCGCCCCAUUGCAGGACACGUUGAAGGCGCACGUGCUACUGGAGGCAAAGAGAAAAUUCCUGCUGCCCAGCUACAGCAAACCCGACAUGCUGUUCCUCAACAGAAUCUUUGCGCGCCAAGAUACGCGCCCCCUAGCGUUCCAGAUAGUCUGCGGUCACUUCAAAGCGGCCGCUUUGCCUACAGCCGCUGAGUUGCACUUCAUCGGGCAACACUUAGAUGCAACUUGCGCAAUUCUGGGUCCGAAGGAAGUUGGGGCAUUGAGGGUCAUUUUGGGCCACAUUGCCAACGUUCUGCUAAGCAAGAAAGUGCUGGAGAACGAUAAGGACGCUUUGAACCGGUUCUUGUUGCAAACGUUCUUUUGGGCCAGAGCCGAGUUGAGGGGAGGCCGCAAGGAGUUGGCUGCGCAGGUUCUAGCGCCGUUAUGGAACGUUUUAGUCACAUCGGAGCCGACCACCAACGCAAGCAAACUUUCCGAGCAGAUCGACAGUGAAGAUUUCAAGUCCUUGUUGGAAAAAUCCCUGCUGGUCCCCGACGGAAGCUCUGAAGCCCUAAGCCGACUAGCAGCGUCAGUUGUGGAAGCGCCCACCAUCAUCAGCAGCGACGUCAUGUUCCAUCUUAUCGAUGAAAGAAGCGGAGCUCUAUCGAUCCAGGCAACAAAUUCUGUUAAAAAUGUGGCCUGUUUCAUUGCCUCAGUGAACUCCAAAGAAACCUCAAAUGGGAACAGCUUGCUGCAAGCAGACCUCGAGACACGACUAAUGAAGCUGUUCAAUGGAGAAGGUCAAUCUGUGCACGAGAUGUUUAAAGCGGCGCUGCUGCUGGAGGCUCUAAAUCAGCUGCCUAUUUGCGAUGGGAAUGCGGCUUUUCCUGAGUGGUUGGCGACUGUGUUUUUUCCCGCGGUAGCCGCACAGAUGCAAGAAGAGCGCCUUAGUUGGGAAGUCAAAUGCGAGAAAGCCAUGGAAGCGCUUUAUGACAACUUGUGCCAAUAUUUUUUGAAAAAUCUCCAAAUUUGGGUCGUGGUCGACUAUGCGAAGCUCGUGGAAGCUCUGGCGGGAGUCAUCGAAAAAUCCAGCCUGCGUCGAUCCACAACGGUAAGCGCCAGUUUGCUGAAACACGCCUUCCUGAUGGGGGACAGAAGGAGCCAGAUGAAAUUCUUGUCGGAUCCGCUUGCAGGCCGGGACCAGCAGGAGCAAUGGGAAAGUUUCAAAACGGUGUUUUUGCAUAAAACUCUGCUGAAGCUGGAGCGGGCUUCUCCAGUACAGAAUCUGACCAUACGCCGGAAUCCCGAGUCCCGGCUGAUUCUUCAUGCGAUUUGCCUAUCGGACUCCAGUCGACAGAAGGCCCUGUUAAACACAACUUUGGUCCGCCUGCUCUAUCUGCUGGACCAUAAAGAAGCCGGCGACUCUGCAGUGGCUGCCGCUAUGCAUUGCAUGGAGCUCCUCAUUUCAGACAACCAGAUCUACGCGGACACUCUUUCCUAUGCGUCUGCCGUGAUCCUGCAGUGCGUGGCACACUUUGAAAACCGAAAUUGGGUAGUCAGGAACGCAUGCAUGCAACUAGAGAAGGCCCUAAUUGAUAGAUUCCUGGGAGUAGUGACGGGGCCAAACAGCCGCUCCCGAUCAGUCAUCGAACUCUUCCAGCUAUUCCCGCAAUUAGCGAUGGAGUUUUCCAAGGUCCUGACCAGAUCGCCCUUGACCGAUUCGGCCCUGGCCGUCCUGCAGUUCUUCUGCGAGUCUCAAGUGAAACCCCAGCCUCUGCCCAUCGUGAUCCAAGCGUCAUUUCAGCAGCUUUUCCAAAUGCUGAUCAAACAGCGCUGCGACGUUUAUGGCGUGUUUGCGGCCAAGGCUUUUGUUUCGUUGUGCUGCAUCCAACACAUACCCCGUAUUGUCCAGGACAUCGUUGAAGUUCUUCUGGGCGACUUCAGCAGGAUUCGCCGCAGGCACGUUUUGAGGAAUUUCCUGGUACUGUUGGAGGAGCUGCUUGAUAAGUACUCGCUGAGCGGCGCGAAAAGCGGGCAGCAUUUGCAGAUGUGGAAGAGCCUUCGGGAGUUGCGGGUGUUCCUGGAAAAACUCAACUUGCCCCAGCUGUUUGAUUGCCUUUUGGUUAAAGUGCAGUCGUUCGACAGUGCCUUGGGAAUCCUCCAGAAAAACUGCCUGGAUUUCAAGGAUUACAAGCAGAGAAUGUGGCUCAACAGCUACCUGCCUUUUUUGGUCCUCAACAGCAGCAAUGAGGCGCUGAGCAGGGUGGUGCAGCGGGUUCUCUCCCAAAAUCCUCCAGAGUUCCUACAGGAGAAACUUCUCUCUGUUCUGCUGCACCGUGUGCUCAAUAGCAGCAUUUCGCAGGCCAGGACCAGCGAAAUAUUCAACUGCCUGAUGUUGCACGCCGUAAAACUCGCAGGCAGCACUACGCAUUUGCUUGCGUGCUACUUCAGGGUGCUGCUAACCUUAUCUCGAAGCUGCAACAGUACGGACGACGAAGUCUUGCAAAUUAUGCGCCAGGACUAUGGGAGAGAAAUCCUGCAAAAUCCUUACAAAACUUUCAUCUUUCACUUGGCCUUGUUGGGGGUCGUAAAAUUGGAGGCCGACGAGAAGUUCUGUGAACAGGCAAGUCUAGUGCGGGUGCCGGAUGACGAUGACUUAAUUGAAGACGCAUCUCGGAUGUUGAUUCAUUUGCACCGAAACUCCAAAACUGAGUUUAACGUUAAAGGGACUCUUCGCAUGGCCUUGCGCUUUUUGGUGCUGCAUGAAAGGUGGCAUUUUGUUACUGUUGCUUCGAGGAAACGCAUCCCCACUGCUCUAAGCGCACUCAGAGUGAUUCUGGACUACGAUUUCCUGAUGGGGGUGUUCCAGAGCGACCAAUUAGCUUUCGAGUUUGUCAAGGAAACUUUCAUAGCUCUGCAAGGCGAUGCUCAGAGAAAAGAGGCGAUUGGAGCAGGCAAAACGUUCUACGAGAAGGAAGUGAAUGGUUUUGUCACUCAGGGCUCGUUGAGUCGCGCUGUAUUUAAGUUUUUGCGCGACUUUUGCAAGAACAGGCCCGACAGUGAUGAAUUAGAGUGAACUGGAGCUCUGGGGGUUGCAGGGUAUCUACCAAUAAAUCGUUAAUUUGUACAUGUUCAA